UUAAGAGAAAUCUGUAGUCCAGCCUAACAGAUCUGUGUGAAACCAGCCCUGCAGAGGAUGUCCUUUCAUUUUUUUUUCUCUCUCGAACAUUUGAGACGGUGUGCGAGGAAGCAGAGAGAGCAGACCCCCUCAGAGACGGAACGAGAGAAAAUGCCGGCUGAGAUGUGCAGAACAUCUGUACCAGAAAUAACACUAAGUUCACCUUUAAUGUGAUGCUAUAGGGGAUUGUGGGAGUGGAUACACGUGAUUAAAUCCGGUAAAAGUGCUUGUCGGUAGGGAGAGUCAAGGAGGGAGACCGAGAUGGAGAGCGUUUCUGUCAGCUCCACGAUCUCCAGGAGAAGCAUGAUGUACGGUGGUAACCAUGGAUCCUGCUCUUCGCUGUGAUGUUAAAACCGAGCAACAAGAAAAUCCUCACAAAUCUGCAAAAAGAAAAUGAAGAGGUGAACCACUAGCUGACUUAAUUUUUCUCCGAGUCCUCUUCUUGUCAGCCUCACACCUUAAGACCUGCUGGGGAAGCAGCCGCUGAUAAUAAUCGCCUGAUGCAACACUUUCAGGAACUGACAGUGUGAGGAAAUACCCAGGCAUUGCCCAGAGCUGUCACAAACCAGAGGUGUCACCUGCUGCAGCUCAACCUAAAAAGUAAAGAGUAAAGUGACUGGAGGAGCAUGGGAUGUGGCAUUCAGAGCACUGAGUUGUCCCUUGGAUGUCAGACCCCCAGGAACAAAUGAGUAGCAGUGGAUUUGGCAGCAGCUCCAGCUUGCUGCAGGGCCGGCGUUUCUACUGCCGGGAAUGGGCCCUGGACAAGCUGCGGCGCUGCCUAGACACCCGCUCCGUGCCAGGACAGCCUCCGGGGCUGCUGGUGAUGGGGGGCCCUGGCGCUGGGAAGACCGCCUUGUGUACUGAGGUGGUGUGGCCCACCUCGAAGGCAGGCCUGGCAGUCGGGCUGGCACCGCGCUGCCUGGCAUCGCACUUCUGCCAGAGGGAGGACCAGAGGAGUACGGUGCUGUGGAGGUUUGUCCUGGGCCUGGUGGAGCAGCUGAUGGCCUCACCUCUCCUCGCUCCGGGGUACAAAGAGAUCCUCAGCAGCCCGUCUGUAUCCUCUGCUCUGGAGCCCCUCACCUGUCAAAGAGACCCUCAUGAUACUUUUAAGAGAGCAGUGUUGGGACCCCUGCUGGACCUUCCUCCUCCUGCCCAAACUCUGAUAGUGGUGGUGGACUCCCUGGAUAUAGAAUAUGGGGCAGGUGAAGGAAGUGGGAAGAGUGGCUCCAUCGCAGAGCUCCUGGCUGCCAAUCAACACCUUCUGCCCAGCUGGCUGCUGUUGAUCUGCUCCGUCCGCCGCCACAACAAGGCUGUGUGCAAGAUGUUCUCAGGAUUUCGUAGGCUCUGCCUGGAUGAUCUGCGGAAGCCCCCACCGGUCCGCGAUGUGCAACAGUACAUCCUCUGCCGGCUGGAUGAAGAAGCAGCCCUUCGCCGUCAGCUCACCCCUGAUACAGCUGACAUGCUGAAUCUCCUGCACAUUAAGAGUGGCGGGUGCUUGCUCUUUCUUGAGCGUGUGCUGGAUGGCGUGGCAGGUGCACUAGUGGGUCUCAGGGAGAUCCGGGACAUCCCUGGGACGCUCAAUGGCCUCUACCUGUGGUUGUGCCAAAGACUGUUCCCCCGGGGCCUCUUUGUCUAUGUCAGGCCUCUCCUGAAUGUCCUUUUGGCUGCCCCAAGGCCACUUACACCCCAGCAGCUGUUCACAGCAGCCUGGACACAUGACAACUUGCUCAGCUUCCAGGACUUCCAGAACAAGCUCCGAACCCUCUCUCCUCUCCUGAUCAAUGGCCCUGGGAGCACAAAACUACUUUUCCAUGCCAGCUUUGCUGAGUGGUUGACAGAUGUUAAAUAUUGCACACAGAAGUACCUGUGUAGCAGAACAGAAGGUCACAGCAUGCUUGCCAUGGCCCUGUCUUUGCAGGGACCCAACCUGGACAUUGACAACACUUGCCAGCUAGCCACACAUUUAGUUUGCUCAGGUCACCAUAAAGAUAACCCCUCAUUAUUGGCACUGUGGAUGCUGUGGAUAGGUGUGCCUGCUUUUACUGCUAGCGGCAGUAGUGCCCUCAUCGCGUCCUUAACCCAGCCUCCUGUUCUGGUCAGUCAGCAAGUCCUUCAGCUGUUAAUGAGGAGUGGACUUGUUUCUGCUUCCUUUUUUUCAGAUUCAGACCCAAGUGUUGGACUGCGUUGUGUAGGCAAAGAUGGACAGGCAUUUGAAAGGGAGGUGCCUGUAAAGAAGCUGCUAGACAGCGGGGUGCCUGUAAACGAGCCGACUUCUACAGAUAGACAGACCUUGCCUGCCAGUGCAACCCACGAGGGUUCAGCAAAUAUAGCUGAGCUUCUCCUGACAAACGGAUCUGAUCUACUGGAUAGUGAUCAUCAGGGUCAAACGCCACUGACUUUGGCUUCCAGGCAGGGUAAUGUCAAAGUGUUGUCUGCACUUCUGGAAUGGGCCAAGAGCCAGGAGCCAGAAACUGCAGUACGGAUGAUGGAGCAUGUUGACAAUGAAGGCUGGACAGCACUCCGCUCUGCGGCUUGGGGAGGACACAGCGAGGCUGUCCGGCUUCUGCUGGAUGCAGGAGCAGAUGUGGAUGGAUGCGACAGCGAUGGCCGGACUGCCCUUAGAGCUGCUGCGUGGGGGGGUCAUGAAGAAAUUGUUUUGACACUGCUGGACUAUGGGGCACAGGUUGACAAAGCUGACAGCAAGGGCCGCACGCCUCUUAUCGCUGCUGCCUAUAUGGGACAUCAUGAAGCUGUGGAAAUACUGCUGGACCACACUGCUCAAGUUAACCUGGCUGAUGGAGAUGGGCGCACUGCUCUGUCAGUCGCUGCCCUCUGCGUGCCUACAGCAGCUGGGGUCAAAGGUUUUGGUGAGGUAGCAAGUCUGCUACUGGAGCGUGGAGCAGAUCCAGGACACAGAGACCAUGAUGGAAUGACACCAUUGCUUCUUGCUGCCUAUGAGGGCAAUGAUGACGUAGUGGAGCUUCUGUUAGAAGCUGGUGCUGAUGUAGAUGAGACUGCUGGCCCUGAUGGCAACAUCUCUGCUGCAGCUGCUGUUACUUCCUUGCUGGCGGCUGCAGCAAUGGGACACAUGAAGACAGUGUCACGGCUGCUUUUCUGGGGAGCAGCUGUGGACGCCAUUGAUUGUGAAGGUAGGACGGCACUCUGCCUGGCAGCUGCAAGAGGCAGCGUUGAAGUUGUCCGCGCCCUGCUGGACCGAGGCCUGGAUGAGAACCAUAAGGAUGACCUUGGCUGGACUCCACUGCACGCGGCUGCCUGUGAAGGUCAUCGAGCUGUGUGCGCUGCUUUGACGGAGCGAGGCAGCAUGGCACGUGUCGGAGAGAUGGACAUUGAAGGACGCACCCCUCUUAUACUGGCUGCCCAGGAAGGUCACUGGAGCACUGUCAGGCUGUUGUUGGACCGACGUUCUCCCAUUGACAACAGGGCAUAUGAUGGACAUUCUGCCCUGAGUGCUGCCCUCCUGGAGGGCCAUGCUGAGGUUGCAGAGCUGCUUAUGAGGCGAGGUGCUGAUACCGAUGUUCGGGAUGCAGAGGGUAGGCCUCUUCUCUACCUGCUGGUGUUGGAGGGUCGCCUUGAAAUGGCUACACUUCUCCUAGAGAAAGGAGGGGUGCCCCUGGAGUCUAGAGAUUCUGAGGGCCGUACAGCGCUUCAUGUUGCUUCUUGGCAGGGAUGUGUGGAGAUGGUAGACCUACUUUUAAAACAUGGUGCAAACCCCAAUGCACAGGAUACAGAGGGGAGACCACCAAUGCAUUCAAUGGCUUGGACAGGACAUGCUGAAGUCGGACGUCAUCUCCUAGAAGCCAGUGGUGUCAAUAUAGACCUUGCUUGCUACCAGGGGGCAACAGCUCUGAGCAUCGCUACCCAGGAGGGACAUGCUAAUAUUGUUGCAAUGCUUCUGGAAAGAGGUGCAAAUCCCAAUCACAUGGAUAAAUAUGGCCGUAGUCCAGUCAAGGUGGCUGGGAAACAUGGGCACUUUAACAUUGUCAGACUCUUAGAGAGCUAUGGAGCCAAGCCAUAUGUAGGCCUGUUGACAAACUCAAAUGGUACUUUCUCCCCUGUAAAAGCCAACAAGAUCGUCUCAUCAGGCAUCUCAGAGAGUAAGGGUGGUGGAGUCACAGUUGCUACCUGCUCCUCUUCAGUAUCUUCUCCUGGCUCCACUGCAGAUCGAUUCCACUCCAUACAGAGCUCUCAAACUUCAUCUACGUGCCACUCGCUGGCCACGGUGCAGACAGUGCCAGCUGACAGCCUCAGCUUUAUUCAGCAGAUCCAACAGCACUCACUGCCUCGCAGUCGUAGCCGCCCCUCCACCCUCCCCCCACCAGGAAGCUCAGGCUUGGGCAGCCUCCAUGGAAGCAGCCAGAGGCAUCCCAAAGGCAGCCCUCCCCCCAGUGUUUGCACAGUCACCGCUAUGGUGCACAACUGCGAACUGACUCAGAAAGGCUUGUCGACUGGACUUGAAUAUCACGACAAAAUUAACAAACAAAACUCAAACUUAAUAAAGGCAGACAGGACUACUUACGCUGGUGGUAAAUGGCACUCAGUCAUGGCUUCCCUUGGGAUAAUGCCAGGGCAAGACAGUCCUGCAACAGGUGCUAAAAACAGAGAGAGUCCUCCUCUGGGCUACCCAUAUAGGCUACAGAGCCCACUUCAAGGGGAGGCUUGGGACUCUCUUCCCCAGAAGAAGAUUAUGUCACCUGCUUGUUACAGUUUUACCCCAGUCCCACCUUGUAGUGCCUUGCAAGAAGAAGUUAUGACAACUACAGACCCGCAGCUUAAUCUGAAACAGGCCAUCAAACUGCAGUUUGAGGGUCCCACCAGUGCAGCCUUAUACAAGAGAGAGACACCCUUGUGACUGGUGCUCCAGUAUGGGACCAAAGUUAGCUAUUGCUACACUUUCUUUACAAACCUGUUUCUUUGAAAUUGUUACAGUAUGUGGGUAUCGCUGAAACAGUCAUCUAUUUUUAUCAGCAGUAAAUACAGUAAUUUACAGAAGGUAAUUUAUCAAGCCAAGCUGCCAAAUACUCUCUGGUUCCAACUUCUUCAGUGUGAGGACUUGCUGUUUUUCUUUUUAUAUAAUUUUAAAUUAAAAUAUGAUUUAGUCAUUUAGUUAUUUAGAGAAAAAUAAGCCCCAAUGUGGGUAAUUACAGGUUUCUUUGUGCUAUCAAAUUGAAAGUAGUUGUCUCUGCUGGCAUUCAUUUGGACAAUUCCCAGAGAUUUAAAUCUAACGACAACAUCUUUGUUUUAGGUGGAGUUGGACUUUUUUUUUGUUCAAGGAGAAGGCACUUUUCACAGUGUACAAUGACUUUCUGGGUUCAGAUGAGAGAGGCAGUGAUUCCUUUCUCCAACCCCUUGAGAAACCCAGAGAAAAAAACGAACUGAAUGACCUGAAAGCAUUCCUGCCUUUCCGUUGUUGUGUGUGUGUUGAGCAGGGCUCUCACAGACAAGAUCAUGCUUCAUUUAAAGUGGAAAGCAUAACUAUGUUCACUUUCAACUCAGACCUUAUUUUCCCAUUGUGCUUGGGACUUUAUUGGCUUUGCAUUGAAUAACACUCCCUAUUAUGAAACACAAGUGUAUGUUGGGUUGUGUUUUAAAUUAUUUUUUGCUAGUAAAGAUAUCCUUUUUAAGCAGUUAACAACCUUGUUUAAGAGCUUUAAGCUUGUGGCCUUGAUCUUUAUUGAAGCCUUUGAUAUUUACUAUAAACUGGCCCUCAUCCCCCAUAGGUCCAUCACUGACAACCAAAAACAGUUUGCAGCAAAGCUACCAAAGCUUGACCCAGUGCGGGGUUUAUGAUACAAACUAUAAAACAGCCAACUUGGCUCGCUCACAGUUUGUCUGUGAGCAGGCAGGAAGGAAAGUGAAAACUGGACCAUAAAAACUGAGGGUGGAUGUAGGAGGGUUGUUGAUUCCAAACUUGUGUGUGGCCUAAAGAAAUGUCUAGUUCUUUAUAAAUUUUCAUUGGAUUCCUAUUUAAAUACAUUCAUUCAUUAAAAUGACAAACAGUGCC